AUGGCCUCCCUCUUUCGCUCGCGCGCGCUGCACACCUCUGCCCGGGCGGCAUCCGAGGACACGCGCAAGGCAACGUCCGACUUUCUUGCGCGCCUGACCGCAGGACGCAACUCUGGCGCCGCCUCGGCCGCCAGCACGAAUAGCGCCGCGCGCUCAAUGAUCGACUCUGUCGGCCUCCGCGAUGUCACGGACGAGAGGAGGAGACCGUUCCUGCCCGGAAAGCCGCACAACUUUACCUCGAAGGACCUCUACCCCGAGGCUGAGAUCAGGGUGAAGCGUCCACUGGUCGGCCCGCGGCGCAAGGUUGCCAAGCAGAUCGACCCCUUCUUCCUCCGUGGCGAGAACCCGAUGGACCACAUCAACAACCCGCUCAUGUCCUACGCCUUCCUCAACCCCCUCGGCAUGAUCAAGGGCCGCAACUUGACCGGUCUCACGUGGAAGAGCCAGCGCCGUGUCGGCAAGAUGAUCCGCCGCGCGCGUCACAUGGGCAUCAUCCCCAAGUGGGCCGCUCAGCCCCGGCCCGGCGGGCUCGGCGACCGCGACUUUGCGCGCCGCACGUAA